AUGAAUCUUCCUGAGAACGUUGCUCUUUUACAAUGUCUCGACUUGAAACGGCUACUUGGGGAUAAUGAAGAGAAAAUCUUGAAGCAAGUGUCUGAGAGUCCAUUUUUGCUUGAGCCUUUGAAUUCAGAAGAAUUGAAAAGGAUCUAUGAUCGGGCAGCUACAAAUUCGGAGCCAGAAGAGAAGACUGAAUUAGGCUUAAGCAAGGACAGCUCUAUAGCAGAUCAUGAAACAAAAUCUGACAAACGAAUGCAAUUAAGAGAGAAUGUUAUCAAUGAUCUUAUUCAUGAGCUGAACGAUUGUGUAAAGUCUUUUGACGCGUGUCUUGAGCAACAGGCAGAAGAGAGUACGAAAGCCAAGGAGCAGGAUGAGAAAGCUGUACAAGAAACUGCAACCGCUACAGAAAAAGAAUCCAAAAACUUGCGUUCGAAAAGAAGACCAUCGGAACCUGUACCUGAGGAGCCAGAAUCAUCGCAUAUUCCGGAUGUAAAUGCUCCUUCUGGUCCUGCAGCUGCAAGAGCGACCACUCGUGCUGCUAGUAGAAAACAAACUUCACAGGACGAAGAAAAAACCAGCCUUAAAAAGUUUCAGAAUGCUAUUCUUCCCGUAUUGGAUAAUAUUUCCAAUCAUCGCUUUGGAGCACCUUUUAGUCAUCCUGUGAACAGGAAAGAAGCUCAAGACUAUGAUUCACUCAUCUAUUAUCCUCAAGAUUUAAGGACAAUAAAGAAUAUGGUCCGCGAAGGCACCCUUACGACUGCCGAAGAAGUUUAUCGAGAAGUGUUGCGCGUAUUCGCGAACUGCAAAAUGUACAACGGCGGUGAUACAAGCAGUGCAAUGUCAAUAUGGGGAGAUGAGUGUUUUCGAUUUACAGGAGAAUUAUUCGAAAUGUAUAAACAAGCGAGUAUCAAACGAUGA